AUGCUCAACGCAGACCCACGCCACGCCGCUUGCGGCCGGGUGGUCGGCCUCAACAAGAAGAUGGGCCACCGCGCCCUGCCGAACUGCGCCUGGUACCUCAACCUCGUGGGCCACACCGUGCUCCACACCGCCGCCUACUACUUCCGGCACGAGCUCCCAAAGACGGAGCCGGUGGCGGCGACGCUCCUCUCGCUCGACACCACCGUGCGGGAGAUGCGGGCCGACUGGUUUUAG